AAUCAAAGGUUAAAAUGAUUAUCCCUGUUCGUUGUUUCACAUGUGGAAAAGUAAUUGGGAAUAAAUGGGAGGCCUAUUUAGGUCUUUUGCAAGCGGAAUAUACAGAGGGAGAUGCCUUAGAUGCACUCGGACUCAAAAGGUAUUGCUGUAGACGAAUGCUCCUGGGUCAUGUGGAUCUAAUUGAAAAACUUCUCAAUUAUGCUCCCCUGGAAAAAUAACAUACUAACCAUGUGAAUUUGUAUUAUAUGUUUAUUUUUUGUAAGAAAUGUCUUUGGUUCCUAACCGAUUAAAUGACAAAUUGUGUGUAGGAUAUUAAAUUAUAUUAAAAUUGACUUUUUCAAUAAA